CAUCUAGUAGCGAUUUUUCUUAUCGACAGAAAAUAUAUCUAGAAAAUAUAUCAAUUCAUAAAAAUUUAUUAGAAUUUAAGUGUAAUUUUGGAUGCAAUGUUAGACAAGUGCGUGUUGUGUGCAUGAGAGUGAGUGGCAUUGAGUGCACAAUAUAAAUGGAAUUGAUCGGACGCUUCGAACGACUGAAACGAUCGAAUAAAAGCCCACCAACAAAAUUGCACUUGGCGACGACAACGGCAAACGCUAACGACGGUGAAGGAGAAGGUGGCGGAGGAGAAGGCAACAACGACGGCAAAGCAAAGCAAACUGAUCUGAGCAAGUAAAAACGGCGGCAGCGAAAACGACAUCGACAACUUUUGGUAGAACCACAAUAGAGAAACACUCGAAUACAAUGUGUGAGAUUUGCGCCGAUUUCCAAAAUCUGUUGGAGCUGUAUGAGGUGCGCGUGGCCAGUUCGGAGCUUAAGUUUCAGCUGUUGCUCAAAAGUGAAAUUGAGACAACUUUCAACUACAUUCAAUCGUGGCCUCAACGCCAGUGCAUGUGCUUGUAUCGGGAUAAUAAGAACUAUGAUCGCUUUAAUUUGGUGGUGCAGUCCCUCAUCUGUCUGACUGUGCAACAUCUGAAGCACAUCGAUCACCUCAUUGACAGCUAUAAGCGGCUGACGGCGAGUGCAGCUCAGGUUGUUGCUGAGGCACAGCGUAAGAACUCGUUCGACAAAAUCGACAAGGACGCGUCUAAUGAAGCAGUGAAUGACGUCGAGUACAACAAAAACAGCAAGGAAUCUAAGUUUUCGAGCACAACGUUACCAUUAUCUUCGGCUUCAUCAUCAUCAGACAAGAAAGUUGCACUUGUUGAAGCCAGCGGAGAUGAUGAGAACCGCGCUUCAGGCGAUGGUCCGGGUCCACCUAAAACGCAGCUGCCAUCGUCAUCAUCGCCGACUCCAUCUUCAGCACCAGCUCUUCAAACAAGCAGUAGCAGCAGUAAGACGCAAUACACUGAAGAGCCAUGGAUACUUCCCGAGGUGGAGAAACUGCUGGUGCUGGUCUCAAAAGUAUUUCUGCUCAACUUUCCACUGUACAUUGCCCACAAGCAUGGCAUUCAUUCGCGCUUAGACGACCUUCAAGCGGAGGAAGCUCACCACUUGGCAUUAAUCUGUGAUUUGCACGACAACGAUCUUCCCAUUUACCUGCUACGCAACGUGAGUCUCUUCUGCAAUUCGGGUGGCUUUGGAGCCAUGUCCCUGUGCUUUGAGCAUCCCGAUUUGCCUGUAUCAACGGCACACUCGAUGACGGCCACGGUAUCAAAUGUGAAGCUCUGGCUCAACUAUCAUUGUAAUACUCAGCUGUUUGUUCCACUGCGUAGUCGUAUUCUGCAAUACAUGUGUAAGCUGUCCGACCAGAAUCUUCGAUCAGCUGCCACUCGCGCCAUGGCGGAUUUUGUUUGGUCUUCGAUGCGUGAUCCGCUGGACGUGGCUGUCAACUUCGAUACUGAGGGUCUCGCACUGGCCUUCAAGUACUUCACAUCGACAACUUUAACAAUGCGACUAGCGGGCAUGGCCCAGAUCAAUGCACACAUUAAUCUGUUUAAUGAAAUCUGUACGACUGAAACGGUUAACGAAGUGGAACUUUUUGGACAGCGCAUUGCCAAUUGGCUAACAGAGAAUCAAAUAGUGCAGCAUCUGUUUGGUCCCAACUUGCACGUGGAGAUAGUGAAGCAGGCGCAUGUACUGCUCAACUUUCUGGCAGUGGAGAAUCAAAUAUCCGAGGAAGAUAUCAAGCUCAUCUGGCAGGCGACGCAGCUGAAGCACUGCUCAAAAACCAUAUUUGAUAUUUUGCCGGCAUUAGUGAAGAAUUUGGCUCCAAGACCCGCCAUGCAUUUGUAUUCAUUGCUGUGCCGCAUGGAUCCCAAGGAGCACACGGAGCAGAGCAUUUACAUCGCAUCCGCAUUGACGAAAUUGAUUUGGACACGCGAUUGCUCGCGCACCCAAAUGAAUUUAAUGCAGGAUCAUUUGCUGGGAUCGAAUGUGACGGCGUCGAGCUCGGACAGCGGCAGUAUAGAAGGCAGCAAUACGGAGGAUGAUCAUGUUGGUGCCGACGACAGCAGCAUCGCUAGUGGUGGUGGAGGAGGCAGGGGUGGCCAAAAGAGUCCAGUCGAUGGAGUAACGCCUUGUAAACAGGCCCGACACAGGCGACACAUUUGCGACCCCACAACUGAGAAGAUAAAACAAUUGAGUGCCGAAGAGAUAACCAAGGUGGACAUGAAAAACCAUCGCAUUGUCAAUAUCAUUGACAACACAAGCAGUGAGGAGGAGAUGCAAUCACGUGCCGCUCUGGAACUGCAGCUGCAUCGCAAAAAAUCCAGCAUCAAACGACGCCGACCCAAGAAUGGAAACAAGCAACAACAGCAUCAGUUGCUGCCACACGAGCUCGUUGAAAUAUGGGAUGGCGCCGAAGAUGUGCCCAGCAGCGAUGACGGCGAUGGUGAUGGUGAACUACUAGCUGACAGCGACGAGUGCAGCGAUAGCGCUGGCCACCAAUUGGUUCCCGCAGCGGUCUUAAAGCAUUUGCAUGGAGAAGGACCCUAUAUACGGGCAAUUGCCGAAACAAACAUUAGCGAGCUAUUAAGUGGCGCAGAGAAUGACGGCAGUUACUCGUCGCCCAUGAGCAACAAAUCGGAAAAGAAUUUGGCUGACUUUGACGACGAAGAUGUUUCGCCAUGCGAGGAGGAAUUAGCGCAGCUUGUCAAUUCGCACAGUGGACGUGUAACUGCCUCCAACUGUAGUGGUGUAGCGCCAGCAUUUGCUGCAGCAGCCGCAGCUUUGAUGGCCGCCCAAUCAGCAAUGGCUAUGCAAAAGUCUGGAGAAACAAAUGUAGCCGCAGCCGCAGCUGCUGUGGCCGCCGCUGCUGUGGCCACUGGCAAAGCUCAGCACUCUUUAGCGGCUAUGCGACAGCAGGCGAAUGCUGCAGUUGCCGCUGCCGCGGCAGCUGUUGCCAAAUCAAAAUCCGACUCGGAUGGCGAUCUAAUUGAAGUAAGCAAUAAGCAACAAAGCUCACCUAAGGCCACCAGCACAGGAUCGAGCAACAAUCAGCAGCCUACAUUCAAGCUCAAUGAUGUAUGUCUGCCUGGAAACACGCUGCUUUGGGAUUUACUGCAGGACGAUAAAAUUGGUCAACUUGGCGAGUCCCUGGCACUGGAGGCGGAGAAGGCUCUUGCAACGCUGCUUUGCUUUAGUAUGGAUCGUCAGCUACGUACAAAGUUUAUUGAGGGAUGCUUGCAGAACGUGACCAACAAUCGCAGUGUAAUUGUUAGCUUAAGACUGUUGCCGAAGUUGUUUGCCUCAUUCCAACAGUUUCGACCGUCCGACACGCAUUCGAUGACACUGUGGGCGGAACGCAAUCAUCGAAUGAUGCAGUGUUUCUUUAAUAACAUUCGACACUAUGCCAGACGACAUGCGGAACUAUUGAUCAAUCAAAAUGGGGAGCAACAGCAACUAGGUCUGCAGUUGUACUCACACAAAACGCAGGUUUCAGUAAGAUUGCAGUUUCUAUCAUCGAUUUUCUCGUCCGUGGGUUCCCCGAAGAGCUUUCGUCUUACGCUGGAGCAGCUUGAUGCGCUGUGGGACUGGCUUGCGCAUGAUCCUGAAUGCUCCGACUGCUAUUUUUCCUGGCUGCAAGCUCAAACGAAAGGUGGUGAUCAGCAUGCGCUUGGCAUCGAUGCACUGCAGCAUUUGUACUUAAGGAAAUUACCAGAACUGCGACCAGAAGAAUUCUCAAUGGUGGCAUUGGGCCUGUUCCAGCAACUCUGCAGCUUCGCUCGCAUUGCCAUGGCCGAGUACGAAAAGCAUAGUGACUCGAUCGCUGCCAACUCGAAUGCAGUAGGCAUGUACCAUCUCUGGAAGAUUGCAUUGCGUGCCCAAAGCAAUGAGGUAUCGCUUGCAGCUAUUCAGUACAUCAACAUGUACUACAUGGGUCAACAGUUGCGACUUGAAAAGGAGUUUGUGUCACAAUGUAUGGACAACCUCGUGCAGGCGGCAACAGCUCUGGAAAAAAUUGAGGAUGAGAACGCUUUAAUGCGCGUUCAGCGAGGAUUGCUGCUGCUCAACACGCAUCUGGAUACAUUCAGGCGUCGUUAUGCAUUUCACUUGCGUCGCUGGGCUAUUGAGGGUAAGGGCAUUGGGUCCCAUAGCAAUUUGAAGAAUGAAGGCGGUGGUCCACCACUUCGCAUUGUUCUGCAACAGGCUGGUUUAUCGGAGAAGAGUCUGCUACACAUGCACACCUGUGAUCUAAUUGCCGAUCUCAAGGCGGAAGUGUCUAAGUGGUGGGAGAGCUUACAGUCGGGCAUGGCAGCUCCAGUUUUGGGCCUGCUGCUUAACGAUGGACCUUUACGAAUUAUCACACAAGGACAAGAGCUCACAUCGGACUAUGACGAACGCACACUAGGCGAUGCCGGCUUUAAGGAUAAUCAAAUUGUCUACGUCUCGUUGGGUGGUCGCGGGGCACGACGUAAAGAAACGAAUAUGGAUCAUCCGUCUAUGCUGCCGCCUCCACCCAAGGAAUGCCUUCCAACAGUAUUGCUUCUUCAGCCCAAGUAUUUUGAGAAACUAUUUUGUUUAAUGCAAACACUUGGUGACAUGAAGCCGCAAUCGACGACGAUGCAUUUUCAACACCAUACGAAGGCGCAGCUUUUGUCGCGUCGCGUUUGGGAUAUUCUGGCGAUGUUACCCACUAAUCCGCAUAUAUUGGAUGCAUUCAAGAAUCUGGUCAGUGAUUUGUGCGAAUUGCAGCAAUUGGACGCUGACGGCAACCAGGAGCAGGUGGGCAAUAAGCAAAAACAAAUCAAGCAAAAAUUUUGCGAACUUCUUGAUCCCAGCAAUCUGCAAAAGUUUAUGUAUUCUUUGCAUAUUGUGGAAAGUUUAGCUUUAAGCAGUGGCUCGCGGCAAGUAACUAGCGCCACUGGAGCCACCGGUGCUACAGGAUCCAAUGGCAAUCUGCUUAUUAGCGAGCAACCGCGAUUUAAAAAGAACGCAAAUCGAAGACAUAACAGCAACAGCAAUAGUAACAACAAUAACAAUAGUAACAACAAUAGUAGCAACAGCAACGAACAGUCUGCGGAACCGAAACGAAGCAGCAGCAGUAGUGACUGUAGCAAGGACAAUUUGGGUGGUGACACCGAGACCACAAUGACAUCAACGCCACGCUCUGGCGGAAGUGAUCUGGAAGUCAGCGAACUAGCCAGCAGCGGUGACAAAGAAAAUCAUCCUAAACAGAAUAGUAAGCGUCAGAAAAAGACCGAUAUAGAUCUGGAACGACCUUUGGGUUGCUCCACACCGCCGCUACCUUCGACACUACCGGCGACUAUCUUGCCAGCGACUCCAGUGCGUCCAGCGCUUCUUGGCGAGAGCAGCAAAUGGAGCGAGGCGUUCAUUAAAUGCGGCGGUUUACAGCAUCUGUAUGAAAUCUUUAGUGGUGGUCAGCUGCAACAGAGCGCUCAUGCAAAAGAGCUAACUUUGAACGAGUGGCGUCACGACUGUUUGGCCAGCCUCUUGCGCAUUCUCUGGUUGCUGGGAUUCGAAGAGUUACAGUCGCAGGAUGUGCAUGUCCUGAUGUCGCGACCGCAUGCAUUCAUGUUGCAGCUAAUGGAGGUGCCGCAGUGUCUGAAACGGUUAUCCAGCAUCCUUAACGAUGAGGUGCAUCAUCAUUUGUCGGCAGGCUCCACGUCAUCAUUGCUGUUUCCGUAUCAGUUUCAUCAGCUGCGCACCGGUUUUUGGGGUCGCGCUCAACUUGUGCAGUUUACAAUGAAUAUUUUGGUGAGCUUUGUUCAUGCCUCGUCGGAAGCACGUCGUCUGCUCUGGUCGCAACCAGAUCAGUGCGCUUGGCUACAAAAAUUCAUUCUAGAGGACCCGGAGCCGGCAGUGCGUCGUGAAAUUUGUGCCGGUCUUUAUCGCAUAUGCCUAGGUAAUGCCCAAAGCUACCGUUUGCUGCUGGCGCCAUUGCUGCAUAAACUGAUUGCGUUGCUGCCGCGUGCUGAACAAAUGAGUUCGUCUGUGCAGCAUACACAGUUUUUGUUAUCCGAGGAGGGGAAAGAGCCUUAUGGGCCGGCCUGUCGGGAUUACUUCUGGCUAUUGGCGCGACUCGUUGACACACUGACUACCGAGAUGGUAGCGGAGGAACGCAUCGACAUUGAAAUGCUGUGCGAGAGCAUCUCGGACAGCAUUCUGAGUCGCGAUUAUCACGAGUUGCGUCAUGGGUAUCAGGAUGACGGUCUCGUGGGCUUACUAAAUCUGAUGUCUAAUUUGAUCAAGUACGAUACCAGCUACAAGUACAGACCCAAAGCAUUGAGUUUUAUUGAGCAAUUGAUUGAGUUUCUAUUUGAGAUGCCAUCACCGUCGAAUCGCCAGAAGCCCAAGUGUAAAUCCGCCACAUCGCGUGCCGCUGCCUACGAUCUGCUGGUGGAGUUGAGUCGCGGUUGUGCUACUAACUAUAGUUAUCUGCAUGGUCGAUUGCUAGCUCAACACAAAUCAGGGCCAAAGCAACCAUAUCCCUGGGAUUAUUGGCCGCGCGACGAGGGUCGCGCCGAAUGCGGAUAUGUUGGCCUAACUAAUUUGGGCGCCACUUGCUACAUGGCCUCGUGUAUUCAACACCUGUAUAUGAUGCCACAGGCACGAACAGCGAUUUUGCGUCUCCCGCCGGCCGGCGCCCAAAAACAUGCACCCACGUUGCUGGAACUGCAGCGGAUGUUUGCCUAUCUACUGGAGUCGGAGCGUAAAGCUUAUAAUCCUCGUAGCUUCUGUCGCGUUUACCAGAUGGAUCAUCAGCCGCUCAAUACGGGCGAGCAGAAGGACAUGGCGGAAUUCUUUAUCGAUUUGGUAUCCAAGCUAGAGGAGAUGACGCCUGAUUUAAAACAUCUGGUGAAACGCUUAUUUUGUGGCACUUUAAGCAACAACGUUGUGUCGCUGGACUGUGGCCAUGUCUCUCGCACUGCCGAAGAAUUCUAUACGGUUCGCUGUCAAGUGGCUGAUAUGCGCAAUCUGCAGGAGUCACUCGAUGAGGUUACCGUCAAGGAUACACUCGAGGGCGACAACAUGUACACGUGUUCGCAGUGUGGUAAAAAGGUGCGCGCCGAGAAGCGAGCGUGCUUUAAGAAGUUGCCACAGAUACUCUGCUUCAAUACGAUGCGGUACACUUUCAAUAUGGUCACCAUGCUGAAGGAGAAGGUGAACACGCACUUUUCAUUCCCCUUGCGUCUAAACAUGUGCCACUAUGUCGAGAAGACACUUAUGCCUCAGCAGUAUAAAGAGGACCGCGAGAAACGGGAGCGUGAACAGAAUGAAGAUGCUAGCGAGGAAGCUGAAAACGAGAAAGCUGAAGCCACACUUGACGCUGACAUCGAAGAGUGCUAUGAGUACGAAUUAGUUGGUGUCACAGUGCACACGGGAACAGCCGAUGGGGGACACUAUUACAGCUUUAUAAAGGAGCGCACGAAAAGCAAUUAUCAUCCGCACGAGCGUUGGUUCCUCUUUAAUGAUGCAGAGGUCAAACCCUUUGAUCCCUCGCAAAUUGCUGCCGAAUGCUUCGGCGGGGAGAUGACGAGCAAAACCUACGACUCUGUAACCGAAAAGUAUUUAGACUUUAGUUUUGAGAAAACUAACUCUGCGUACAUGCUUUUCUAUGAGCGCCGGUUGCCAGAACAUUUGCAGCGACGGCAUUCCGAGUUGUUAGCGACUCCAACUCCGAGUCCAACCAAUGAGGAUAAACCAGAAAUAGAUGCAACAAUUAAAGUGGAAACAGCUCUUAGCAUUGAUAAUUGUGCAACGAGUUUAGAAAAAUAUUCAGGUGAAGCCCAGGGAAAGAAUAUAAUUCCAUCAGAAAACGAUGAGAAGAAUGCUAAACUGGAAAUAGAAAUUGAACAGGAGAUCAUAGAAAAACAAAAAGAAGAGAAGGUGGAGAGAAUAACAGCCAAUUGUGAUAACAAUAAAGAACCACAGGCGUCAACCUCAAAGGCGGCCGCCGGUGGGGAAUCCACAGUGUCCACAAAACUAAAUCACUUACAGUUUCGUCCAUUGUUAAGUAAGGAGCUAGAAGAUUGGAUAUGGCAGGACAAUCGACAGUUUCUCCAAGAUCGCAACAUUUUCGAACACACAUAUUUCAAUUUCAUGUGGCAGAUAUGUGGCCAUAUACCGCAGACGUUACUCUCUGAAACUGAUGUCACUUGCAAGGCCGCCAAGCUAUCUGUGUCUUUUUUCAUUGAAACAUUCAUACAUGCCAAGGAAAAACCAACAAUGGUGCCUUGGGUGGAGCUCUUGACAAAGCAAUUUAAUGCCAGUGAAGAGGCCUGCGAAUGGUUUUUGUCGCACAUGUCAAUAGAGCCCUUCUGGCCAGUACAAGUGCUGAUUCAAUGCCCAAAUCAAAUGGUCCGUCAAAUGUUUCAAAGACUUGUGGUUCAUGUCAUACAGCGACUACGUCCCUCACACGCCGACCAUUAUCUGGGUGUAGAAACAGACGAGGAUGACAGAGAGCUAAUUGGUCAAGCAUCAUGUGUAACACGCUUUAUUAGUUCACUAAUUUCGCUGCUGGAACAUGGGGCUCGUUCACAUCUUCGCCAUCUAUCAGAAUACUUUAGCCUGUUGUGCGAGUUUUCGCGCAUGGGCGAUGAGGAGGCAAUGUUUUUAUUGCGAAUUGGGGUACUUAAGAAUCUGGUUGACUUUUAUCUGGGCCAUAAGCAAACCGACAGUAUUGACAUCAGCUCGGACAACGAGGAUAAUUCUUCAGAUGAGGCGCUGUCAGUGGAAAAAAUGCGACCAGCAUCCUUAGACAAAAUGAUUGCGUUGUGUGCUAGUCUUGUUGAGCGGUCACGGGGAACGGACUUUCGGUUACGUUUAUCACCCAAGGACUUCAAUGCUAUUGCCGGUGGAAAGGGAUUUCCAUUUUUGUAUCAACAAAUUAAGGAUGGCAUUAAUCCGCACCAGACGAAGCAUUUAAUACACGCACUGUGCCGCUGGGAUGAUCGUUUAGCCACACAAAUCAUAAGUAUGCUCUUCGCUUCGGUGACCAAGCACACCGAGCUCUGCGCGCCGUUUUUCAAGCUGCUUACCCUGCUGACUGAGACCCAAGGAGGACCUGUUGGGCUACCCUGUUUCACGCAGCUUGUUUUACCGCGCAUGUGGGAUGCUGCAGAAUACUGUCCACAAUCUGUGCUUGACUGGUUGUCACUGCAGGCAACAAAGAAUAAAAUAGCGCAUGCUUGGAUUCUGCAGUCCGCCGAGCAGUGGUUGGAACAAUUCCUGCUUGCACAUGAUAAUACGCGCGUUAGAAAUGCCGCUGCCUGUCUGUUGGUGGCGUUGGUGCCGUCGCAACCGUUUCGUGCCAACUUCCGUGCCCAUUCGCAGCACAAGUUAUUGGCUCUCAACCCACACAGUUAUAGAGAUAUCAACAGCGAUGCCCAAGUCGUCCUGCAUCAGGUGAUUACAUUACUACUCCGAUUGCUGCGACCAGCCCGUGUUUAUGCCGACAUUGGAGCACAUGGCACAACGAAGUUGACUGCAUAUUUUAAUCUACUUAGCUAUUGUAUGGUUUCAAAGACUGAAAAACUAAUGAUCGGUUCAUUUAUGCGUUCCCUAUGGGAGCUAUUUCAUCCACGCCUAUCUGAACCUAGCGUUCCAGCGCAUCAUAAUAAGCAUGCCCUUCUGACCUUUUGGCAUCAUUCGCUCGUCGAUUGCCCGGAGAACGCGGCCCAGGUGGCUAAUUGUCCGGAAAUAACGCGCAACAUUGCAUUUAAUUAUAUACUUGCCGAUCACGAUGAUUCAGAAAUUGUAACCUACAAUCGCUCUAUGCUGCCAGCGUAUUAUGGACUAUUGCGCUUGUGCUGUGAACAAAGCCGGGCGCUCACCCGACAGCUAGCACAGCAUCAGAAUCUGCAAUGGGCCUUCAAAAACAUAACGCCACAUCCAACACAAUAUGCCGCUGCUGUCGAUGAGUUAUUCAAACUGAUGGCUCUUUUUGCUACCCGCCAUCCGGAUGCAAGUGAACAAGAGAAACUGGAUGUUAUCGCUUUUAGGCGCUCCGUAAUUGUUUCUUACACAAGCAGUCUAGAUGCUCGGGUCUCUUGGUCAACUCUCAUCAGUGCAUUUAAAAUUCUCGUGGACAAUGACGAUGACAGGAUGUUGGUAAUUUUCAACGGCGGCAUCGAAAUGUGUUUUGAGGCUCUGCACACUCUACAUUCCAUGCAUCACGAAGCCACCGCAUGCCAUGUGGCUGGAGAUCUCCUAGACCUACUUGGCGAGAUGGUGCUACUAUUAGCAACACUGCGUAUGCGCACAGAUAAUUCGGCACAAAAGAAGCAACAACAUCAGCAGUUGGAACAGCAGUUACAAUUGCAACAGCAACAACUGAUGCAGAAACAACAGCAGGCACAGUGCACCCAAGCACCGCAGACGCCACAGCAGAAAGAGAAGCAGUUGCAGCAACAAAUGCAGCAACACCUUCAACUACAGCAAAUGCAGUUGCAGCAGCAGCAUUUUCUUCGCCAACAGCAUCAGCUCUCUGCAUUAGCAAAGGCCCUUCCAGAUGCCAUCAAGCGCUUGGCCACCUUGCUUAACACAUUCAACUCACCCGAGAUCAGUCGAAUGGCACUGGAGGUGCUCAAGGAGCUGGUGCGCAACACUACUCUCGAGGCAACUAGCAUAUUGGCACCCAUUUUGAUCAACUGUCAUCUGUCAGUAGCAAACGCACCUAAUGCAAUUGGUCCAUUGGGUCCAUACUUCCCACGUCGGGGAGCCAAGCAGACACCCUGGCCCCAAGGUGCUAAGAAUUCACCGCGUCCUCCUCGACCCAUGGUACAAAUGUGCAUUGCGCUAGCUGAGUUGACCCCACGAGGUCUUGAUGUGGAGUAUGAUGCACUUGUCGAUAGCUUCUACAGACCAUAUCACGACUUCAUCGAUGUCAUGCUUCGAAUGUGUGUCAACAUGGGUUCUCUCAACGAUACACUAGUAAAGUUACACUGCCUUGUUGCUAUUGAGUCGACUCCGCUGCAUUUCAACUACUUUCCAAAGUUCUGGGUUGGCAUACACAACAAUGCGUUGACGCACAAAUACUCGGAAUUGCUUGUGAAGAAUCAGUUGCUGAUAGAGUAUUUGCACAAUGUGUUACGAGAUGAGCGCAGAAUGUUAAAGGAUGCCUUUGUGAGAGAGUUUUUGGAAAUUUACUACCAUAAGGUCGCAGCACAGCUUCCAGUUGCCCGCAUGAUUUACACAAUUAAUUAUGGCAUGCACUCAAAGGACGACAUAGACGAGCUGUGUGGCGAUCUCUUCGCCAUACGUGUCAUAGCCCAAGCAACUGGUGUACCAACAUCAGUGCGUAAAGAACUGCGUGGAUCAUUAAGAGCAUUGCUCAACAAGAGUGAACGCUUCAAAAAAGAAGCUGAACAUCAAUUCCCAAACAAGAAGCUAAAACGAGACUCGUUUAAGGCCACGGAAGACACAGUGUUGGGAGCAGGGUCUACAGCAGAAACGGCUCUGGUGGAUAAAAGAGAAAAUCGACAUAGUCGAUAAAACCAAUUCC